GCCGUCUCCGACAGGACACCGAAGUCGAUAACUUUCCGCCCUAUUCCACUCCUCCCGCCUGUACGCCUGUCCUUCUGCCACCUUGGCUCUUGACGACACUCUUCAUCUUCCUCGUAUUCCGUGAUCGCCGAUCUAAGCAGUCUCGAAGCUAUCCACACAAUGUCAAACGGGAACGGCGAGCCCGCUGCCGCGGCUGCCAACGGUUACCCCGCCAAACCCCACUCAUCCGAGUCGUCCCCGCGGAGUUUCCAGGAAGUGUGCCACGAGCUGAAGGACAAGGUCGACGCUUUCUUAGCGGAUGACCAGAAGACGGAUGUUCUGCGCAAUGUUCAAAAGCAGCUGCGCGCGUCAAUGGGGGUCGUUGACGAGGCGUUGGCAAGAUAUAGCCUGGAACAGAUUUCAAUCUCCUACAAUGGUGGAAAAGACUGCCUCGUACUACUAAUCAUACUCCUCGCCGCCCUGGCACGUCGAUACCCUUCUCCCUCGAAAGCCUCCCAAACGAACGGGUCGAACGGCACGACUUCCUUCCCUCCUGAAUUCCAGGCAGUGUACAUCGUAUCGAAGCAUCCAUUCGCCGAAGUUGACGAUUUUGUCGAAACCACCAGCGCCGAAUACCAUUUAGACGUAAAACGAUAUGCCAUGUCAAUGAAAGAUGGUCUCGAGGCAUACCUAGCAGACAGGCCGAGCGUAAAAGCCAUUUUCGUAGGGACGAGGAGGACAGACCCCCACGGCGAGAAGUUGACAGAUUUUGACCCCACGGACUCCGGUUGGCCUGCCUUUAUGCGGGUGCAUCCUGUAAUCGACUGGCAUUAUGCCGAAAUUUGGGCAUUCAUCCGACAUCUAGAAAUACCAUACUGUCCUCUAUAUGAUCAGGGCUACACGAGUUUAGGCGGAACGCAAGAUACCCAUCCCAACCCUCAGCUGAAGACUGAAGGACAGAACGGUGCGGGCUUCCGACCUGCGUACGAGCUUACGGAAGACGAUGAAGAGAGAUUAGGUCGCGAUAGAUGACGAAGAACCCAACGACUUGUUGAUAUUGAUUUGCCGGACCCAAGAGAGUUGGGUUGAAAUUCAGAGUAGCGCAGAAUCAUCAUGAAGGAGCCUUUUGUAUAGAGAGCGCAUAGACUUGCCGCAUCGCCA